ACCCACACCCAAGGAUACCCUGCCUGCCUCUGCCUCUCUCACGCCAGCAGCCCUUUUUCCUCUUCCCCUUCAACUACAUUUUUUAAAAUUAUUUCCUCCGGGGAGGUGAUGCUCAUCUGACCCCCCCUUUCCCCCACCACCUCCACCUUUUCUUCCCAAUCCAAGACUUUUGUGGAUGCUCUCCUCUUUAAUCCGUCCCUGCUCUGCUACUUUGUCGCUACCUGUGGAGGUUUUCCCGGUUUUCUCUCCUGCCAGCCGUCGCUCAGAGUGCAGCCCCGCAGAGAGGCACCAUGCUGGGAUUGGACGUGUGUGAGUUUGGGGGUCAGGUGCUGGAGCUGCUGUGGUUAACUAUGUGCUACAGAGGUCUCAUGGCUGACAAGAAGGAUUUGUACAUUGAGGAGGAGGAGGACGACAGAAACCUAAACUACGUCGCUCCGGUCCAGAAGACUUUGGAUGAGAUUCAGCAACUGGACAAAGAUGACGAGAGUCUGGUCAAGUACAAGCAGACCCUGCUGGGGACGACACCAAUGCUGGCAGACCCCAACGUGCCGAACAUCCAGGUGACCAGAUUGACCCUGCUGUGUGACACGGCUCCUGAACCAAUCACCAUGGACCUGACAGGAGACCUGAGCGCUCUGAAGGAGAAGACCCUCACCCUAAAGGAAGGAGUGACGUACAGACUAAAGAUAUACUUCAAGGUGAACAGAGAAAUCGUUGCUGGCUUGCGGUACUAUCAUGUGACCUCCAGAAAAGGAAUCACAGUGGACAAGGUGACGUACAUGGUGGGAAGUUACGGCCCCAAGGCAGAGGAGAUCGAGUUUCUAUGCCCGGUUGAGGAGGCACCCAAAGGCAUGAUAUCACGCGGCCACUAUCAGGUCACAUCCCGCUUCAUCGACGACGACAAGAACGUCUGCUUGGACUGGGAGUGGAACCUCGACAUCACCAAGGACUGGAAUGAAUAGAGGGAGAGAGCGUGAGAGAUGAUCUCUUCCCUUCUUUCACUCCUGUUCUCCACCUCCCUCUUUUCCUUUCCCUUUCACCCUUUUCCAUCUCGUCCUGCGAGAGCAGCCUCGCGACAGCCCGAGUCAGGAGGCUCUACUCCUCCUCCUCUUCCUCCUUUUUCUCUUCUUGUCUGUUUAAUGCAGGUGUCCUGAUGGGGCUCCCCCAUCUCUCUGCCUUCUGUCCCUGCAUUUAUAGCCUUCUUCAAGAUUCUUCUACAUCUAUAACCCGUCCAUGCAGAGGCGUCCACACGACGGAGCUUUCUGGAUGACCAGUCUACCUUUCCUUUUACUUUCAGUUUCCCUUCUCCCACCCUGCCUUCAUGUAUCAGCAAAAACAGGCGAUAAAAGGAAGUCAGUUUGUGGCACAAAGGGAAAUAUGAUAUACACAUACAAUGCAUAAUGACAAACAUCCAAUAGCUGUCAAACAGACGUCCCCAAAGAGUUGAAAUAUGUGAAUGCUCAGUAGGAACUGUGGAUAUACACGUCAGAACAUCAAAGAGUAACACUGAAAACACACCAAGCAGUGAGGAAGUGCGGCUCAUUUUUCUGUGGCCAGGAGGCGUGUUCAUGUGUUUCAGGCAGGAACAAAUCUUUUGUAACAUACAUCAACAUGUCACAGCAGUCACAGGACUCUGUGUACAGGUGCAGGUAUUGCUGCAAAGUCUGCCCAGCUUUUAGUCCAGCAGCACUUUCCCACAGAAUCACACGGCCGCUGCAGCUUUCCAUAGACAUCGCAUGGCACUUCGUCACUGCUUGGUGUGUUGUCAGUGUAAAGGAGGCCGCAGAGGGAGCGACAUGAUAUGAAAAAUACUGUGUGAGAUGCGGCAGAGGCUGUAGCAACUCAUGGAGGCCUUAAAACUCUGAGGGCACAAACAUGGUCCAUGUAAGUAGGCAAGUACAGAUACUUAGAGCUACCCAACAUUGAUGUGAGUCCAGUCAAAAAGCUUAGUGCUGAGUGUUGCAUCAAUACAAUCAUGAGAGACUUGUUUUUAUGGAUGAGUAGAGGAAUGAGCCUUUGUUCAGCUUGUCCUGGACUCUGGAUACGAUGGCUGGAGGUGGACGGGGUGGAGGAGGGCGUGUCACUUCUGCCUAAAAUGACAGCUGACAGCAGCAGAGGAGAGAGCAGGUUUAAAAUUUUGCAGUGGCAUCCUGAUUGGCUGAGAGAGAACUGGGCGGAGUUUGAUUGGAUAACUAGAAGAGUGAACACCCAUAGUCAGCUGAUUAGAGGAAGCAGUGGGAGUGGGAGGGAGAGAACUGUGAAUGGAUGAGUCUUCCUGAUUGAACUUACGCACAGGGGCGCUAUAGCAUGAAAUAACAAGAGAAAGCUGACCCCUUAUGUUUUACUUCCGCUCAAACAACCACCACCUCUAGCUGAACAUGAAGUCUCUUUAGACAGGGAAGCACCUUCCUCCACAGGCGCCAUGUUUGUUGUUGCUAUUAGCUCCACGUUGGCCCCACAAUGACGGACAUUUGUAUAUCCACCAGUGGGUAAGAGCGCACAUUGAGGGAUGCACGAAAUGCUGUCAUUUGAGUUCUCAUAUACUUGCAUGGACCAUGUUUGUACUCUUAGCGUCAAAAUGCACACUCCUCUCAGUCAUAACUCAGUCACAUCUGGACACACAGAAAUAAUCCGUAUUUUUUUUAGAUCCAGUGCGACUACAGGAUCCCCAGGGUAUCAUUAUCUCUGAUGUCCAUUGCUAAAAAAUCUACUUUUAAAAUAUCAUAGGAAGAAAAUGUUAAUUUCAACUCAAGAUCUUUCCUGAAAAAUCAUCAUGCUUUUAAUUUUACUUCAGUAUCAAAGUGAUCUAGUGAUAUUUGUCCGUACAUCUGUGGGUACACUUCAAACAGGUAGUGCUCAGAACUAAUUUGGCGUAUUUUUAUGGUGCUAAAAAAGGGCGUCAAACCCACCCCAUAACUCCCUGAUCUCAUGGUGACAUUAUACUUCCUGUUUACAAGGCAUUAUGAAGACUGUAGUUCCAAAACUUAAAACAUAACUAUCCCCCAAAUAGAGGUACGACAAAGAAUAAAAAUAGGAGUGACACAAUCUGGUCUGUUUUGUCUGUUUUUGUAAUUACAAACUUGCAGGAAGUAACAUCAUCAAUUAUACAGGAAGUAAAAAUAGAUGUUUUAGAAACCUCUAGCAAGAUUACCCUCUAAAUAUCCCAGUAUUGUCGUUUUAAAUCAUUAAUAAACUGGGGUGAAAUGAUGAAUCACCUCCUCUCACAACGUGCACAACCUGCAUUUUUGACCUGUGUUUUCUCAAACUCAGACAUGGUGUAUUUUAACAUCGCAGUUUUCUUUCCAAACACCAGUUUUCUCAAGUCUUUGUGGAGCGUUUCGUAACAGCAGACCAAUUAAAGACUGUAACUGAACUGUGCAUAAUGUAGAAAGAGAUGCAUGUAUGUACCGUAGGAUUUGAUACUACUCAUCCAGUGAAAAUGAAAAGUUUCCCUUUCUAAACCUCUCUCAUAUUCCAAGGACACAAGGUGUGAAUACGAUCCGCUCAAUGAAACAUUUUAAGAUGGUAGCUGAACGAUGGAGUGCUGUCUGAGAAGUAUAUCAAGGGAUGAAUCGAUUCCCUUUAAGAAAAAAAAAAGAAA